AUGGUAAUGAAAAUGGCUCCCCAGAAUGCUGACUCGGAAUCUAUGCAAGUUCAAGAGCUACCUGUGACAGAUCUUCAGAAACCAGCAAACAAAGAGAAUGAGAGUAGGGAGGAGACUAUUAGCGAAGGAUCCAUAAACCGGAUACCAGUACGCCUGUGGGUGAUGCAUGGUGCAGUGAUGUUUGGCAGGGAAUUCUGUUAUGCCAUGGAGACAGCAUUGGUAACCCCAGUAUUGUUGCAAAUUGGUCUUCCUGAACAAUACUACAGCCUCACUUGGUUCCUUAGCCCCAUCCUGGGCCUGAUCUUCACUCCACUCAUAGGUUCGGCUAGUGACCGCUGCACAUUGAGCUGGGGCCGCCGGCGGCCUUUUAUUCUUGCUCUCUGCGUUGGUGUCCUCUUUGGUGUUGCACUUUUCCUUAAUGGCUCUGUUAUAGGUCUGGCCAUUGGAGAUGUCCCAGACAAGCAGCCCAUUGGCAUAGUUCUCACAGUGCUUGGGGUGGUGGUAUUGGAUUUUUGUGCUGAUGCAACAGAGGGGCCAAUUCGGGCCUAUUUACUAGAUGUGGUGGACAGUGAAGAACAAGACAUGGCACUCAAUAUCCAUGCCUUUUCAGCUGGUCUUGGAGGAGCCAUUGGCUAUAUGUUAGGAGGGCUGGACUGGAUGCAGACCUUCUUGGGUGACCUUUUUAAAUCUCAAGAACAAGUACUUUUCUUUUUUGCAGCCAUUAUUUUCUCUGUCUCUGUUGCUCUUCACCUUUUUAGCAUUGAAGAAGAGCAGUAUAACCCUCAACAAGACAGAAUUGAAGAUGAAGCAGAUACACUUUCUAGUGUUAAGCUCAGUGGCAGCCUUCCACCUCUGAAUCGACUGAAUGUAAUUAGCGAGGAAGAUCCCUAUGGGACCUCUGUGUACCCAGAGGAGGUUCAGUCAGAGCAGGACCUUGAUAUGGAGUUCCUUGAGGUGGACAUUGUAAGGAGUAAGAGCGAUUCUGUUCUGCACAUGCCAGAUGCUACUCUGGAAAUUGAAUCAGAGCUGCUUUUUCUACAUGACAUUGAGCCCUCCAUUUUUCAGGACCCUUCAUACCCAAACACUCCCCUCAGCACCAGCCAGGAACUUCUGAAGUGCAAAUUUAACCGCCUGUCUGCUUUCCUCAGGGAAAAUGAAAAAGAGGAGAUGUUGCUUGAUAAUCACUUGAAUGAAGCCAAAGUCCCAAAUGACAAUGGCUCCCUACCAAAAGAUCUCCUCAAUGGACAUGCUAGGAUUGGCAUGAAGCAAUCUAGUACUUCAAACUCCAUGCGCAGGCGACGGCACAUGUUCUAUCGUCAGCCAUCUUACACCUUCUCCUACUAUGGCAAAAUAGGUUCUCACCGCUAUCGUUUCCGACGGGCCAAUGCCAUUGUCUUGAUCAAGUCCUCCCGCAGCAUGAAUGAUAUCUACGACAUGCAGAAGAGACAGCGGCAGAGGUACAGGCACAGGAAUCCGAGUGGCACCACGAAUUCUAGUGGAGACACUGAGAGUGAAGAAGGGGAAACUGAAACCACUGUCAGACUUCUGUGGCUGUCUAUGCUAAAAAUGCCCAAUGAGCUCCUGAGGCUUUGCCUUUGUCACCUCUUAACCUGGUUUUCCAUCAUUGCUGAAGCAGUGUUUUAUACGGAUUUCAUGGGACAGGUCAUCUUUAAAGGGGAUCCCAAGGGCCCUUCUAAUUCUACUGAACUGCAUGCCUACAAUGCCGGAGUUCAGAUGGGCUGCAGGGGCUUGGUCAUUUAUGCUGCGACUGCUGCUGUUUGCUCAGCUUUACUACAAAAAUACCUGGACAACUACGACCUUAGUAUAAAGGUGAUCUACAUUCUGGGCACACUGGGUUUUGCUAUUGGAACUGCAGUGAUGGCUAUGUUCCCCAAUGUGUACGUUGCUAUGAUAAUGAUCAGCACUAUGGGAAUAGUCUCUAUGAGCAUAUCCUACUGUCCUUAUGCGCUUUUAGGACAAUACCAUGAUAUUAAAGAGUAUAUUCACCACAGCCCUGGAAACUCAAAGAGAGGAUUUGGCAUAGACUGUGCUAUCCUGUCAUGCCAGGUUUACAUCUCCCAGAUCCUGGUGGCCUCAGCACUCGGUGGAGUGGUGGAUGUAGUAGGCACAGUCCAGGUUAUUCCAAUGGUGGCAUCAGUAGGAUCCUUCCUGGGCUUUUUAACCGCUACAUUUUUGGUGAUUUAUCCUGAUGUCACAGAGGACCCAAAGGAAGAACAGAAAGGACUGAGCCCUCCAGAGACCACCAAAAGCAAUGGUGUGGAUGCAGAGAAACCAACUGCUGUAAAGCUCUCGCGUAAAGGGGCAGCCUCAUCAGAAUUAGAAAGCGAGUCAAUAGUUUGA